AUGGCGCGUGAUCCGGACUGGAUGUCUAUGACAAAGACUCACAAGCUCAAGCCUGUCACAAGAUCGAUGCAAAGGGCAAGAAAAAGUGGUCGUAGUGAAUGGCUACAAAUGAAAGACGGAUCCGCGGAUCAGAACCGAGGUUCAACCUACCUCGAGAAAGCUGAGUCUAAUGAUGAGCUCACUGAUCAGGAGUUCAAAUACAGGUCGAGAAACUCCAGAGACACUGCAACACCUGCUCACCGUGCGGCUGCCGGUAUCCAGGCUAGCCUUGGCGAUUUCGCGACGAAGAAGCAGUUUGAUGAACUAUCGCAGAAGGUCGACUCUAUCACCAGACGCAUGAACACCACAGCACUCAGAGAACAAGACAGCGCCAGAAGCAACGAAAAGAUUAAACGUCUCGAGAAUGUGGUUGUUCAUCUCCAAACCGAGUUCUCCCGUCUUCAACGCCAGAUACAUUGCGAGCAGCGAGCUGGCAAUCUGCUGGAGAGCAGCGACGAUAAGCAGCCAGCCGGAACACGCAGCUCUCAGAAGACCUCGAAACUUGAUCCAUGCCGGGAAGAAUGCGAAUCUCGCGAAGUGGUAAAGCGCCAGUCUGAGAAAGAAAAGGCCGAUGACCUUUGCUUGAUAAGCACGCUACGCCUAGAGCUGAAAGAGAAGCAGAAAGCAGCAGAUGAAGAAAGGGAAGAAUCCGAACGAAAGGACCUUAAGAUCGACUUGCUCCGAGACCAUAUCCUGAAACAAUCUCAAGAGUUGCGAAAGAAGGCCGAGAUUAUUCAACAGAGCCGAGAGCGAUGUGAAGAACUUGAGACUAUCUUGCAAACAGCUCAACAGCAAUCCGUGCAAGAAGCCUUUGGAGACGAUCAGAUCAAGGGUGUUCACGCUACAAUUACCAAAGUGAAGCAUGUUAGGGAUGAACAUGAGCCAUCACGCAAGAGGUGCCGACCCAACUCACCUCUACCUGAUGAGGAGGAGAAUAUAUUCGAUCGGCACUUGGGCGACCUGGCCAUCAGGGCUGGGUACUUCACUGUACUUAACGACGGAAAUUUCGAUCUAAACAUGGCCGCAUCAUUUGUCUCCUACAUUGGACAUGAUGGAAACCACAGUCAACUGCGCAGCUUUUUCGACCAUGCCAUCCGGGACCGCUGGUUCUGCCUAGAUGAUGUUGCGGGCAGGGGAAAAUCUGCACUUGGCUUGGAUAUCAGGAAAUGCAGCCAGCAUGGUAAUUUUCGGUGCAUACUGGUUAUGGUAACGACAAUCGACUCCGUGAGACACAUUCGCUUCACAUACGAAGGGCCAGAAGCAGCAGACUUUUGA